AUGGCAGAGCAGUCAGUGUGCGCGGCUCAGGUGAACAGCUGCCCUGCCAGUCAGAGCGGCAGCAGCAGUGGUGGUGCCCUGGGUGCCAUAGGCUCUGCCGGCGGCAACAGCAGCGUCCCGGUGCUCUUCUGCUUCUCGGUGUUCGCCCGGCCCUCCUCGGUGCCCCACGGCUCAGGGUAUGAGGUCCUGAUCCAGAAGUUCCUGAGCCUGUACGGGGAUCAGAUAGACAUGCACCGCAAGUUCGUCGUCCAGCUCUUCGCGGAGGAAUGGGGUCAGUACAUUGAUCUGCCCAAAGGCUUCGUGGUCGGCGACAGGUGCAAAGUGAGGCUGGUGCCCUUGCAAAUCCAGUUAUCAACUCUUGGAAACCUUACACCUGCAAGCACUGUAUUUUUCUGCUGUGACAUGCAAGAGAGAUUCCGACCAGCAAUCAAAUAUUUUGGAGAUAUAAUCAGUGUUGGACAAAGACUGCUCCAAGGUGCACGCAUUUUAGGAAUUCCAGUCAUUGUUACUGAACAAUAUCCUAAGGGACUUGGAGGCACUGUGCAAGAACUUGAUCUCACAGGAGUGAAACUUGUACUUCCUAAAACAAAAUUCUCCAUGGUCUUGCCAGAAGUGGAAGCAGCAUUAGCAGAAAUUCCAGGAGUCCGCAGCGUUGUAUUGUUUGGAGUGGAGACUCAUGUAUGUAUUCAGCAAACAGCACUGGAUUUGAUUGGCAGAGGUAUGGAAGUUCACAUUGUGGCAGAUGCAUCUUCUUCAAGAAGCAUGAUGGACAGAAUGUUUGCUUUGGAGCGCCUGGCACGGAAUGGAAUUAUAAUUACCACAAGUGAAGCUGUGCUCCUUCAGUUAGUAGCUGACAAAGACCAUCCAAAGUUUAAGGAAAUUCAGAACCUCAUAAAAGCAAGUGCUCCAGAAUCAGGACUCCUUUCUAAAGUAUAAAAACAAAACUUCAUUUUAAAUAACUGCAAAUUUACUCCAGUUUCUCUCCAGUGUAAAGUAAUACCAGUUUUCCAAGAGUACUGUUUUCGUUGGUGAGCCUUCUACAUUAUUGAUAAACUGCAAUCAUAAAAGAGAUUCUUAAAAUCUGGCCUCCGGGUUGGACUUUUCGAGAAGGCUAGAAACCAGUAAAAUAGCAAUAAAACAAAAACAUUGACGUUAGUUUAGUUUUACAUAAAUGUUUUAAACAUUUGGAGCUCUUCAAUGAAACUGGACUAUUUUUGAAGUGAAAACAUUUUACUUUAAAAAAACAAAAAAACCCAACGAACAUGUAAGCUUUCCAAAGCUUCUGAUCAUAAACAUUUAUUAAAUGGUUUAAAGUUGGAAAGAUUUACUUUGGCUCUGUGGGCCCUUACUUUAAGCUCAAUUCCUUUUUCACCAAGGAGGAUUGUAGAAAUAUAAAUUUAAAUCUUUCAUUAUUCUGAAUCAUUAAUACCAACUAUGUUAUUGAUUUCUUAGGGUUAUCGGAUGACCAUUUUUUUUACUGGCCUGCCACUAAUACACCACAUAAUCCUUAUUAAAGCUUGCAUUUUAAAGUGUGCGCUACAGAAUUCUGUGUCAAUGGAGUAAUGUACUAUGAACAGAAAUUCUAUUUGUCAAACAAAAGUAUCUUUUAUAAUGUGAGCUUCCUUCUUCAAUCUUAAAUCCGUAUUGUUCUUAGUCAUAACCGUGUAUAGUCUGAGCUCCCAAGUUUCAAAGCACUAUUGUUCAAUCCUCACCCUAGGAAAAACAGAAUUUAAAGAAUGGUCUAUUUGACAUGUUGUAAAAUUAGUUACUAUUCUGCAGUACUGAGAAUACCAUUGUCUUUGAGAAAUUUUGGUGCCAGUGUCAUUAUUCUUAUACUAUUGGAACUUCAAAACGGUCUGUGUCCUUUUUAUGGCAUUGUAGAAAAUUAGUAAUGUGAGAUAAAUACUUAAAUUCAGUGAUUUAUGAUAAGCUGUGUGUGUAUGUCAGUGAAAAUGUUGAGUAAUUGUUUUCUGCUUAAAAUUGUUAUAUUUUGUAUAUGUAUAUGUUUCCAUUUUUUGGUCAAUCCCUACUGAAUAAAACACGUGAAUUUUCUCCA